AAGACUACAGCAUUGCAUAUGUUUAUCCUGGAUCUGAACAUAACUUUGCACGGCGUGGUUAUUUUACAACACCAGUUGAAAGUUAUAAAUACUUUCCCUUCAUUCCUCUCUCUACCUCCGACAUAACCUCCAUUAAAUCAGAAACUAUCCCUAAUCUGGUUAAAGAUGACUGGACCUACAACCCAUAUUUCUACUUUCAACAAGAU